AUGAUCUCUGAUACGGCGGCGAUCUUCCUUGCAGUUGCGCUCCUUCUAUCGAACGUAGAGCGAAUUUUCCAUCUAUUCCAUUGUAUCUGGGUCUCUGUGGCACGACUUUGCGGUUCUGGUCGGCCGAGUCGACGAGCCGUGCCGUAUUGGAGUCGACAAGGCGAGUUCCUCGGAAUGGUAUUGCCCCCUGAUCAGAAUCCACGUUCUACCAACAAUGCGGUUGAACUAGUUGGACAAUCCAUUGCCCCGCCGCAGACUCUACGGGAUUGUCCGAGCAAAUCUGCAACAGAAUUGCGUGCUCAACUCCCGUUACCACCGUCCCGAAUGGUCCGGGUCUGGGAUGGUUGGCCUGACGGGGCUUUCUCCACGCAUCUGACAAGUGCAGAUAUGAAAUUAACAUCUUCCGCCUCGAUAAACUGGUCUUGUGACAGUUUGCGCAUCGAUACAGGGAAAACUCGGGCGCGGACUUGGCAGCAAGGGAGGGAAACACGAAAGAUUUGUCGCGGUGUUUUCAAAUGUGAGUCAUCACAGUGUCCGUUUGAGAUGCUCGCGGCCGCGGAUCGGUCGUUCUCUACAACAUCGGAUAUGGGCACCCCAGGGCCAACAACAGAGCCCGAGGAACGACCCAAGUACACCACAAGAUCAGAGCGCAGCCCCAAUGGUUUUGAAUCAACAAAUUUCGGUGAUCGUGAACGAGAGUGGUCAGACGAGGAGCGCCGUGAGAUAGAGAUCGAUCCGGAAGCCGACCAGGAUGAAGAUUAGAUUAGCCGGAAUUUGAAAUAAUACUCGCCAUUCCAUCUUCGACGGAAGUCUUCGUCCUGCAACUGUUGAACGCGCAUCUUCAGUUCUGUGGCCGUCAACCCUGACAAUGCCGCUGCAGAGUCCUAUUGUCAAUGGCGAGGAGAAGAGACAACCGAAAAAACGUGUCAAAUUAGACGUUGAGGAAGCAUUCAGGCCACGGAGACCGAGCCAGAAGGUUUUAA